GAGGAGCAGUUUGACGAUUGCUGGAGAAAUAGAUCGGUGUUUGAUUGGUAGCGCUGGAAGAAUGAUCGUAAGAUGGCGGCUAAGGUGGCGGGGAAUGUGCCACAGUCGGAUGAUGGCGACUGGGAAGAGGAGGAACAACUGGUAGUAGUGGAGCUGUCAGGGAUUAUUGACCCAGAUUUCCUUUUGAAGUGUAGGAAUGAAUGCAAAAUUGUGGGUAUAGAUACUGAGCAGCCUAUCAUGCAGGUGGACAGAUGUGUAUUUGCUGGAGAGUACGAAGAUGUCCUGGGAACAUGCGUGAUAUUUGAGGAGACUUCUGAGCCAGAUCCAGAGGUGGAGGAGAAACAGUUGCUCAAGUACAAAUGUCACACAGCAAAAAAGUUGCUGAUGAAGCGAACCUUCUUAAGUGAGAAGAAGGAGGGAGAAGAGAGCACAGGAGGGAUAGAGUACUUGAAGAUCAAGGAAAAUGACUUCACACGUAGAGCUGGUUUGAUCUGCAGCUUUGUUCCAAACCGCAGCAGCUCGGUGGACGCUGGGGACAGAGUGAUAUCGGAAGAGAGUAUUGAUUUCAUGACAGUGCAGGAUAAAGAGCCCAACAUUAGUUCUGGCUCAGAGGGUGAGACUAGUGACAGGGAGAAUGAAGACACAAGUCAAGAACUAAAUAGCUUCAUGGAUGAACAUCCUGGUGGGAGUCAGGUGAUUACAUCUGAUGCUGAAGAUGGUGUAACGGAACGUGGAAAUCAGAGCUUCGAGGAACAUGUAAAGUGAGCAACUGCAUUGUUGACUGCAAUUCUACUGAGGGUACAAUUGACAACUAUUUCUUUCCAAUGCUGAUGUCUCCUCCCUUCUAGUGCCUUGCCCAGUUGUGACAGUGAAGGCUUUGAAAAUCAAUGGGAUAAACAGCCUUGGUACCUGUAUGCUGGCCUGCCCUGGUUCAGUUGAAAUGCAUAUACAUACUAACAGGAGUGUGAUUACUGAGCUAGAGAUAGCACAAGAGACUUUAAUGUCUUAUUUGUAUUUAUUGUAUUUGAUAUUUUAUAAUUGGAAUGAUAAAAAGUAUUUUGAACUUUG